AGUAAGAGAGAGAGAGGAGAUAGUGAGGGGAGGGAAAUGUAGACGAGGAGAUAAAGACAGGGGAUAGAGGAUCACGCCUGAUAAAGGUAGAGUCAAGGUUACGCUGGAGGACCCCGCCGACUUCUGACCCAACACAGGUAACUUUCAUUCAUUCUCUUACGCUUGAGGACAAACUGUGGACUGCAGAUAGAAAUGAAGCAUGUUGUCAGGUGACGUUUCAGUCACAGAUACCUGCACGGGAGGGAAAUAAUGUGGAAGUGAGCCGGCGUAACUUCAAACUACUAUUCAGCCUCAACCUGUCUUCUGGUGCUGCCAGUGUAGAGAGUUUUUAGGGUGCAAAAUGAGCAAGAUUUUCUCCCAGAUCAGUCGCUUAUGUCUGCUCCUCUUUGACAAGUCCGCAGUUCUCUCUUUGGUUGCAGCAUGCAGGGGUGACUGUGGGCAUUAUCUCUGCGUGACUCUGCCGUAAUGACACAGCGAAGGUGCCCAUGGGGCGGCAGCCAUUACGUUUGGCUCUGUGCCGCUCCGACCAGUUUUAUUACGUCUUAUGCCUGAGGAAAAAAAAAAAAAAACCCGCCAUCCAUCCGUCUCUUUCUAUGAGGAACGAUGAGCAUAGGCAUUUAGUGCCGCUGCGUAAAAAAGAUUUAUGUCGGCGAGAAAUACGGCUCUUCAAUAAAUACCUCAGUUAUUACAGCUGGCCAGUGUGUUUCCAGCAGAUCAGCUGGUGGCCGCCGGUCCGCGGGAUUCUGAUUGUGCGCCGUGCAAAUAUUCCAAAAAUGUCUCUUUAGUGUGUCACAGUGUCAGUGUAACAAGUUCAGAACAAAGGUCAAAGACUCCGAGGGCCACUGCUCUGUGCUGAGUGAAGACUGGUCUCGUUCCCAUUCGCCUUCCAAAGCAUGAAAACAUCUACCUGUUGAUGAAGCAACAAAGGCGAUGCCAUUCCCGUUUCUUUGCUUUUAAUCUUGUUCUUACACCUUGUUCCGUUUACUCAACCCAUUUAUGGAUAAAAGCAUUUCUUGCUUUUUAACCACACUAUAAACUCAAGAUGUUCCCUCAACUGAGAGCUGCCCACUUAAGGACAAACCUCCAAAGACUUGUGUCACCAACUGGCCACCAGCUUUGACACGGGUAGAAAAGAUGAUGUCGUCACGACACCAGACCAGCGGCUGGCUCCAGCACCUACUGGUGGUCCUAGUCAAGAUCUGCCUCACGUUUGAAGGCCUUCUUCGUCCAGUAGGUGCCGCUGAAUGCACUGCCAAAGGGCCGGCCUCGUACCUUCUGGUCUUCACCGGUCACUGGAACCCGCAGGCCUUCCCAAAGCAGUAUCCGCUGUUCCGUCCUCCUGCGCAGUGGUCCAAACUUAUCGCUGUGACUCAUAACCACCAUUAUCGGCUGUGGGAGGAAGGAGCGCGGGCCAGUAGAGGGGUGCAGAACUUUGCUGAACUUGGGGUGACGGUGGAAAUAAUGAAGGAGGCCAAGGAAGCCAGAAGGAGACGUUCGGUUGGCGCCAUGUACCGGACAGCUGGUAUCCCUAAUGGCAUUGGGCACAGCUCCACUGAGUUGCUUAUGCAGCCCCGCAACUCACUGCUCUCCAUGAUGGUGAAGAUGAUUCCAAGCCCCGACUGGUUUGUCGGUGCAGACAGUGUGAACCUCUGCGAUGGUAACCAGUGGAAACAGGAAGUGACCAUUGACCUGCAGCCUUUCGACGCGGGGACCGACAGUGGAUUCACUUUCUCCUCUCCUAACUUUCCAACCAGUCCUCCAGAAAAUGUAACAAAGAUCACCUCUCAGAUGCCAAACCACCCGGCCAACUCCUUCUACUAUCCACGUCUGAAGGAACUUCCUCCGAUAGCAAGCAUCAAGGUCACGCGGCAGAGCAGACCCCACGACCGCCACGCCCCCAUGUCCAAUCACAUCAUGCCAAACUCCAUCAGUCCCAAACGCUUCUCAGCAACACCGCUUGACUGUGAAGUAUCUCUCUGGUCCUCCUGGGGUUUGUGUCUGGGCCCUUGUUCAAAAGGUGGAGUCCGUCACCGCACACGUUACAUCCUUCUUCGGCCUGCAAAUUCUGGCACCCCGUGUCCCGAAUUGGAAGAACAAGCUGAGUGCAUACCACACAGCUGUAUGAGACUCCAAUAACCUGCGGAUCAGCUGAGCGCACAAACUGCCAGUAUUCAACACUGGGACUCAAGAUAUCGCUGCUGGACCAAAGUCGCCAGAUUUUGAAGAAAUGGUUGAAAAUGCAAAGUGUUUUUUUUACAUCGUGCGGACAGAUGAGAAUGCUUUGUUUGGGCAACCCAGACAGGAGAGUUCUCUUGGCGGGGUUCAGUGGAAAUAUCACAAGGAGUAUUGAGAGAAGUUUGGAUGGAUGUGUUGAGGUUAUAGUAUAAUUUGAGGGGUGGUGGACGGUGAAUGUCUUUACAGUAAUGAACUGUGGAGGAAAUGUAACAGGUCAUUAUCAGAAAAACAAUUUCAACACACACACACUCGUCGGCACAUAGAAUUCCUUGCACGUACUUCAUACCUUCACAAGGUCUGGAGAGUUGGUUUACAAAGGUAACUUGUACAUGCUUGGCUAGUGCAGCUCUUUCAAAAUAACCUCACACCCCGAUUUAGAAAUAUCUCUGUCUACAACUAUCGGCUGUAAGCCAAAUGCUUCGGGACGGUUUUAAGACGCCGUUUUUAUUUGAUAUAAAUGAGCAAGGUGUUCAUAUAAGGAUACGAUUUUUGUAUUGUCACUGACCUGUUUUGAUAUUCUCAUGUCUGGAUUUGUACAUAGUGGUGAUGU